AUGGGAUUGUCCUUUUCCUGCCCAUUUUCUACGCAAAGUGAUUUGGAGGCUGGCUUAGAAUCUGUUAUUGUAAAAUCUAUUUGCUUUGGAGACGAUGAAGCCAAAACUCCCUUACGAUCGAUUAGUUUUGGCAGUCAGGAUUCUGAGCCUACUAUAUCGAAAUCUUUAGGUUCUGGGAAGAUGGUAGUAGAAAGAUCUGUUAGUUUUAAAGCGGGAGAAUUGGAAAGAAUGAUGUCUAUUAGAGCUUCUCCACCGGACAAAGAAAAAGAUGCCUCCACAAAGUCAGAGAGUAUAAGCAGCGAAGAGAUUGAUAAUCAGCCCCUAAUGUCAGAUGAUAGUUUAGCGACGAUUCUAAAGUCAGCAGUUUUUGAUCCCGAAAACCCCGAACACCAGGCUGCUGUAAAAUUGCAGAAGGUGUAUAAAAGCUUUCGAACCCGGAGAAAGCUUGCAGAUUGUGCAGUUCUUGUUGAGCAGAGCUGGUGGAAGCUCUUAGAUUUUGCUGAACUCAAGCGGAGUUCUAUUUCUUUCUUUGACAUUGAGAAACACGAAUCUGCCAUUUCUCGAUGGUCAAGAGCAAGAACAAGGGCUGCAAAGGUCGGAAAAGGUUUAUCAAAGAACGACAAAGCACAAAAACUUGCUUUACAACACUGGCUUGAAGCGAUUGAUCCACGGCAUCGAUACGGGCAUAACCUUCAUUUCUAUUACCUUAAAUGGCUUCAUUCUAAAAGCAGAGAACCCUUUUUUUACUGGUUAGAUAUAGGAGAAGGCAAGGAAGUGAAUCUUGAAAAGUGCCCUCGUUCAAAACUUCAACAACAGUGCAUCAAGUAUCUCGGUCCGAUGGAAAGAAAGGCCUAUGAAGUUGUUAUAGAAGAUGGGAAGCUCCUCAAGGAGUCAGGGGAGCUUCUGCACACCACAGAAGAUGCUAAGUGGAUUUUUGUUCUCAGCAGUUCUAAGAUCUUGUAUGUUGGCCAGAAGAAGAAAGGCACGUUUCAGCAUUCUAGCUUCUUGGCUGGAGGAGUAGCAACUGCUGCCGGUAGAUUAGUUGUUGACCAUGGAGUUCUUAAGGCAGUUUGGCCUCACAGUGGUCAUUAUCGGCCUACAGAAGAAAACUUUAAGGACUUCCUUUCAUUCCUCGUAGAAAACAAUGUUGAUCUCACCGAUGUGAAGACAAGUCCUACGGAUGAGGAAGAAAGCGUUCUUUCCAAACAAAGAAGCAGCAAACAUCUUAGAAACAACUCAUCAGAUGAGGACUUGAGUCAAGCAGUGAAUGAUUUAGAAACUGAAGAAGUUCAAGACUUGACUCCAGAAAAUACUGGUUCUGUUGAAGAGAAGACUAACGUAUUAGAACAACAGAAGUCGGGGCGGCUCGUCAACUUUAGCCGAAACUUAACCAAUCUUAAAGUGCCAGAAAGAAAUGAAUUGGUCAAGAAAGUCGAAAGUGAAAAUCAUAUGGUUGGAACACGUGGCAGCGAUGCAUCUUCUCUGGAGGAAGAUGGUUAUGAAUCGGCAGAUGAAGUAUCAAGCACAGAACAGCAUUCCUCGGAGCCAAAGGAUAAGCUGUUUGACGACAAACAUGAAGGGAAUGACGCAGAAGAGAUUCCUGAGGAAGCAAUCAUGGAAAGGAUUAAUUCUAAGAAAGGAAUUGCGUCAUAUCAAUUGGGGAGGCAGUUGUCUUGCAAAUGGACAACGGGAGCUGGACCGCGGAUUGGCUGUGUCAGGGAUUACCCUCCAGAACUUCAGUUCCGGGCUUUGGAGCAAGUGAACUUGUCUCCAAGAAGCAUUCUCCAUUCAAGAAGUACUGGUUUAUUGAAUCGUAAGGCGUCGACACCGACUAAUUUUAGCGGGGAAUUGAGACCAACUACAGGCAUACCAGUGCUAGCAGGAGAGGAAUUUUUGCAAAGUAGCCUUCCCAUUUCUAAAACAUACUCAUUGCCUCCUGGCAAAAGGAAUCCCUGGCUUCGGUAG